AUGAGAUACUUCACGCCAGUCUUUUUGCUCGCCUCGGCCCUCCUGGUCGGCAUCAACGGUGCCCCGGCCGGAAACGAUGUCGCGCCCAGAGACCAAGGCGAGCUUGGUCCGCAGGCAGACGCACCCCGCAUCAACGCUCCGGUUGCUGUAGCCGCCGCUGGGCAGCCAAACGCCGCGCUGGCCGCGCGCGACGACCAACCGAUUCAGCCCAGACUCCUCAAGACAAUUCUCGCCAAUCUUCUCCAGAAAAACAACAAAAACAAGAACAAGAACAAGAACCAAAACAAGAAUCAAAACAAGAACAAGAAGGCCAAGGCUAAGGCCAAGAAGGCCGUGACGCCCUCACCGGCGAAGAGCUCUGCCCCGGCAAGGCCUUCUGGUACUCCGUCGGGCGCGCCAAGAGCGCCUGCGCCCGCGGCACCCCCGAGACCUCCGGCGGCGGCCGGGCCUGCGACGCCUGCUAAGAAUGCCAACAAUCCGAAGGCACCCGCCGCCGCCGCCCCCAAGAAGGCCGGAGCCGCCACUGGAGCUGGAGCCGCAGCGGCCGGCGGCGGUGCCGCCGAUGCCACAAAAGGUAACAAGAACCCACCACCAGCACCAGCAAAGCCUGCCCCCGUCCCAGUCGGCGGUAUUCCCGCAGCCUCAAAACCCAAACCCCAAACAGGGUCUACGACCAAGUCGAGCCAACCCAAAGCCACAACCCCGCCCAAAGCAGCACCGCCCAAAGCAGCCCCGCCCAAAGCAGCCCCGCCCAAAGCAGUCCCGCCCAAGGGAGCUAACCCGAACAACCCGGCACCUGCACCUGCGGCGGCUCUCUUGGCUGGUGCUCUCCUUGGAGGGGCACAAGGUGCUCCUCCGGGCGCGGCACCCCAGAACGCCCCCAAGCCGCAGGCACCGGUCCCGAAACCCCAAGCCCCUCCGCCCGCUGGUGGCACAAACGGCUUACCUCUCGCCGUUCCUGGGAGGAAUGUUGAAUGA